GACUGAUUGGCUGACUGGCUGGCUGGCUGACUGACUGACUGACUCACCGACUGUCCGCUUCGCUUCGAUCGCAGCAUCUGGGGAGUUUCGCACACUGCCACCGGGAGCGUUUGCUUUCGCUACCCACAAAAGAGUCUAUGCUCCAAAGAAAAAAGACACGCGGCUGGUCGCUUUUCCGAGCCAGAGAGGGCUGCCGCGCGUCCUGGUGAUGAGGCUGGUGGCGCGCAGCCGACACAGUAUUAAAGGAAUCCCUCUGUAUCUGAAGAAACCGCCCCAGUAAAGGCACCAGAACGGGGGGGAAGAGCAGCGGGAACUAGUGUCGGCCGGGACGCUAUCAUUUCGACAAGGAUGCAUCUCUUCAGUGCCAUGUUCCUACUUGUGAUGUUAGCUGUCAUGCCCUGUGAGGCUCUGUACCCGAGCCCAGAGGAGGGCUGGCAGAUCUACAGCUCGGCGCAGGACGCAGAUGGGAAGUGUAUCUGUACCGUGGUCGCACCGGCCCAGAACAUGUGUAACCGCGACCCACGCAGCAGGCAGCUUCGCCAGCUCAUGGAGAAGGUUCAGAACAUCAGCCAGUCGAUGGAGGUGCUAGACCUGCGGACAUACAGAGAUCUACAGUAUGUAAGGAACACCGAGAGUCUAAUGAAAGUGGUGGAUGGAAAGCUGAAGGUGGCCUCUGAAAAUCCCCGCAGUCUCAAUCCGAAGGGCUUUCAGGAGCUGAAAGACAAGGUGACCCAGCUGCUCCCCCUGCUGCCAGUGCUGGAACAGUACAAGGCUGAUGCCAAGAUGAUCCUGCGUCUUCGGGAGGAGGUGAGAAAUCUGUCCUUGGUGCUGAUGGCCAUCCAAGAGGAGAUGGGGGCCUACGAUUAUGAGGAGCUGCGCCAGAGAGUCCUGCUGCUGGAGACCAGGCUCCACUCCUGCAUGCAGAAACUAGGCUGUGGGAAGCUCACUGGGGUCAGUAAUCCCAUCACAGUACGUGCAUCAGGGUCAAGGUUCGGCUCCUGGAUGACAGACACCAUGAUCCCCAGCUCAGACAACAGAGUGUGGUCUAUGGAUGGUUACUUCAAGGGACGUCGUGUCCUGGAAUACCGCACCAUGAAUGAUUUCAUGAAGGGCCAGAACUUUGUGCAGCACUUGCUGCCGCACCCCUGGGCAGGCACUGGCCACGUGGUUUACAACGGCUCACUGUACUACAACAAGUACCAGAGCAACAUCAUCAUCAAGUACCACUUCCGCUCUCGAAGUGUGCUGGUGCAGCGCAGCCUGAGCGGGGCCGGCUACAACAACACCUUUCCCUACUCCUGGGGUGGCUCCUCUGACAUCGACCUCAUGGCAGAUGAAAAUGGCCUGUGGGCCGUUUAUACCACCAUCCCCAACGCGGGGAACAUUGUCAUCAGCCGCCUGGAGCCCCAGAGUCUGGAGGUGCUGCAGACAUGGGACACGGGUUUUCCCAAGCGCAGCGCUGGAGAGUCGUUCAUGAUCUGCGGUACACUUUACGUCACCAACUCCCACCUAGCUGGUGCCAAGAUCUACUUUGCCUACUACACCAACACAUCGAGCUACGAGUACACAGACAUCCCCUUCCACAAUCAAUAUUCCCACAUCUCCAUGAUGGACUACAACCCCAGAGAGAGGGUCCUGUACACCUGGAACAACGGACACCAGGUGCUCUAUAAUGUCACACUGUUCCAGGUUAUUAAGACUUCUGGGGACUGAGCGCCCUUGGACUGAACCACUCAAAUAAUGCUGUGAUCAUUG